AUGUGCGGGAUAGUUGUCGCGCACGGUCUCGAUAACCCAGCGCUGGAAAGACCGCGUAUAAUCGCGUGCGCAAAGAAAAUCCGCCAUAGAGGACCGGAUUGGUCGGGAUGCCACAACGGAAAGCAGACAAUCCUUGCCCAUGAGCGACUGGCCAUCGUUGGUGUCGACACUGGUGCACAACCGCUUGUGAGCACCGACGGACAGAUUAUUCUUGCCGUGAACGGCGAGAUCUACAACCACAUCAAGCUACGAGCAAGUCUCAAGGAAAAGUACAACUUCAAGACGCACUCUGACUGCGAAGUCAUUAUUCCUCUGUAUAAGGAACACGGCAAGAACCUCUGCGACCUUCUUGAUGGCAUGUUCUCUUUCGUCCUCCUCGACGAGUCCGUCACCCCUUCACGUAUCAUCGCCGCACGCGACCCCAUCGGUAUCACUACCCUCUACCAGGGCUGGUCCUCCAAACGCCCCGGCGCAACGUUCUUCGCGUCCGAGCUUAAGGCUCUCGUGGACGAGUGCGACAGUAUCAUUUCUUUCCCGCCAGGUCAUGUCUACGACAGCCAGGAUCAGUCCACGAUGCGCUACUACCAGCCGUCGUGGUUGGACGGCGACCGCGAGGGUCCCGAUGCUAUCAUCCCAACAAAGCCCGCAGACCUCACCCUGCUGCGCGAGACUUUAGAGGAAGCCGUGCGCAAGCGGCUGAUGUCGGAAGUGCCGUAUGGUGUGCUCCUGAGUGGCGGGCUAGAUAGCAGCCUCAUCGCUGCCAUUGCUGCACGUGAAACCGAGAAAGUCGCACAGGCGCAGGUAGAGAAGAGAAAACGAAUGUUGGCUGAGGCGCAGAGCGGUCCGCCUUCGCCGACUACCAUUGCGUCGUGGCCUCAGUUACAUUCUUUCUCGAUCGGUUUAGAAAAUUCGCCCGACCUGCUCGCUGCAAGGAAAGCGGCACAUUACCUCGGCACAGUUCAUCAUGAAUACGUCUUCACGGUGCAGGAAGGGCUGGACGCUAUCCCAGAUGUCAUCUACCAUCUUGAGACGUUCGACGUGACCACCGUGCGCGCGAGCACGCCCAUGUACCUACUGAGCCGAAAAAUCAAAGCCAUGGGCGUGAAGAUGGUCCUGAGCGGAGAGGGCAGCGACGAGAUCUUCGGUGGAUACCUGUACUUCCACGCAGCACCUGACCCGGCUUCGUUCCACCAAGAGUGCGUACGCCGGGUAAAGAACCUGCAUACCGCGGACUGUUUGCGGGCGAACAAGUCGACGAUGGCCUGGGGUCUGGAGGCGCGUGUGCCGUUUCUGGACAAGAAGUUCUUGGAUGUGGCAAUGAAUGUCGACCCUAAGGAGAAGAUGUUCAAUAAAGGUGCAGCGCAGCAGGUCGACGAGGAUGGCUCACCUAAGAUGGAAAAGUACAUUUUGCGGAAAGCAUUCGACUGCUCGCCAGACGGGAAGCCUUAUCUGCCCAAGUCAAUCCUCUGGCGACAGAAGGAGCAAUUCUCCGACGGUGUGGGAUAUUCGUGGAUCGAUGGCAUGAAGGACCACGCUGCCGCGGUCGUUUCUGAUGAAGCAUUCGCGAAGCGCACAGAGCGAUGGCCGGUCAGCACGCCAGACACGAAAGAAGCGUACUGGAUUCGUGAAAUUUUCGACGGGCUGUUCCCCCUAGAGGCGGCGGCGGAGACCGCGGUGAGGUGGGUGCCGCGAGGAGAUUGGGGCUGUUCGUCUGACCCGAGCGGGCGGAGCGUGAGCAUACACAAUGCGGCGUAUGAUGAUGGUUCGAGUUAG